AUGCGUGCCCCCCUUAAGUUCUCCCUCUCAACAGGAACAAACCCGGACGAUGCUGUCGCUGGACGAAUGUACCCAUUCCGUGCUGACCUCAUGCGGAGAGGUAUCCCUCCGCGACGCUGGCCAGAUUUCGAUUCGACGCUUCGAAGGCGUGAAGAAACUUUGAACGAUAAAAAGACGGUGAUGAUCAAGGCUGAGAUUACCGUGAAUUCAAAAGAUGGGAGUCGAAACGUUCCUAUUGGCAUGGCCGUACUAAGGCUUCCUGAAUUCGGACAAUCCCCUGUUGCGUCAAGAAGUUCAAAUAUGUUUGCAGUAGGCGUACACAAGGUUUAUUUGAAGCCGAUUUUAGGCAAAUUAUCAAAACAGUUGACGGGAUUUAAAGUGGAUGGAACAGAUUUAUCGUUCUUGAAGACAUUUUUGGCAGAGGUGCACCGUGGACGAGUAGAAGUGGGAAGUGACCUGCUACACGGGAAGCCUCAUGCGUUAUUGGAGGUUCUGUUUGUACACCCCGCAUAUCGCCGUCUUGGCGCCGGCACCGCCCUUUUACAACACUGUUUUGCAUUGGCCAAGGUCCCUGCUGAAAAUGGUCCAAGCAUAGGCUUACCGAUCAUAUCUGAGGCAUCGUCAACAACUAUGCCCUUGUAUCUUCGUCUCGGUUUCCGCGACAUUAUGCAUAGGCGAAUGGGAUACGGCAGAGAGACGUUCGAAUGGUCUGUUAUGCUGCGCGAACUCGAAAGCAAGAACAUGCUAAUUGACAUCAUGUUAAUGGCAGCAGCGUCCCUUAGUACACGCAUCGCUGAAACUCCACAAAGCCUAUUCCUGUGCCCGUGA